AUGGCAGGGGAUACUCCAAGCAGUGGUUCAGCGGCGGCAGCAUCCGGCCCCCAGACUUCAGGCAACGCCAAGAAACAUGAAGGGUGUGCACAGCAGCAGCCGGAGAAGAAGCGGUCGCCCAAUCGCUUGGUUGUGGAAGAGGCGAUAACCGACGACAAUUCCGUCGUGGCCAUGAAUCCCGCCAGGAUGGAUCAGCUGCAGAUUUUCAGGGGUGACACAGUGCUGCUUCGGGGGAAGAUGCGACACGACACGGUUUGUGUGGUACUGACGGACCAGGACCUGGAUGAAGGCAAGAUUAGACUUAACAAGGUGGUCCGAAAGAACCUCCGCGUGAGGGUAGGAGGUGAGCUGGACUAUAGAGUUCCGCUUCUGGCAAGCGCACAACUGCCCGCAUCGUGUGCCUUUGCAGACAUUGUCCACGUGAGCGCGUGCACGGACUGCCCGUACGGCAAGCGGAUUCACGUGCUUCCUUUGGACGAUACCAUCGAUGGAUUAGUGGGGAACCUUUUUGAAACAUACCUGAAGCCAUACUUCGUGGAGGCCUACCGCCCCGUGAGGAAAAAUGACCUUUUCCUUGUCCGAGGUGGAUUCAGGCCCGUCGAAUUCAAGGUCGUGGGUGUAGAUCCGGGGGAGUUCUGCAUUGUGGCACCAGACACGGUGAUCCACUGCGAAGGGGACCCCGUGAAGCGGGAAGAAGAAGAGCGACUCGAUGAGGUCGGAUACGAAGAUAUUGGGGGAUGCAGAAAGCAGAUGGCGCAGAUUCGGGAGAUGAUUGAACUGCCCUUGAGGCACCCUACCCUCUUCAAAACGCUUGGCGUGAAACCGCCCCGCGGUGUUCUUCUUUACGGCCCUCCUGGAAGCGGCAAGACGCUGAUUGCCAAGGCGGUGGCAAACGAAACUGGCGCCUUCUUCUUCCUCAUCAACGGCCCCGAGGUCAUGAGCAAAAUGGCUGGUGAGGCCGAGGCAAAUUUGCGUAGGGCCUUUGAAGAAGCUGAAAAGAACGCCCCCGCCAUUAUUUUUAUCGAUGAAAUCGAUUCAAUUGCUCCGAAACGCGAGAAAACAAACGGCGAAGUUGAACGGAGAGUUGUGUCCCAACUGUUGACGCUUAUGGACGGGCUGAAGGGGAGGGGCCAGGUUGUUGUUAUAGGUGCAACAAAUCGCCAAAACUCGAUUGACCCGGCCCUACGUCGUUUUGGCCGGUUCGACCGCGAGAUUGACAUUGGGGUACCUGACGACAACGGUCGCCUGGAGAUUCUGCGAAUUCACACGAGAAAUAUGAAACUUGCGUGUGAUGUGCGGCUGGAGGAACUCGCGUCGAGCACGCACGGCUUCGUGGGUGCCGAUUUGGCGCAGCUCUGCACCGAGGCAGCCCUUUCCUGCAUCCGCGAGAAGAUGGAUCUCAUCGACCUUGAAGACGACACCAUCGAUGCCCAGGUUCUGAACUCGAUGGCCGUAACCCAGGAGCACUUCUCGUCGGCUUUGCAGAGUUGCAAUCCAUCUUCUUUGAGAGAGACGGUUGUCGAGGUUCCUAACGUGAAGUGGGAUGAUAUUGGUGGGUUGGAGGAAGUGAAGAGGAAUUUGCAGGAGAUGAUCCUUUACCCAAUUGACCACCCAGAGAAGUUUGAGAAGUUUGGGUGCGGUAAAACUUUGCUGGCCAAGGCAGUAGCAUCCGAGUGCUCUGCAAAUUUCAUUUCUAUUAAAGGACCCGAGCUAUUGACCAUGUGGUUUGGCGAAUCCGAGGCCAACGUCCGAGAGGUGUUCGACAAGGCGAGGGCUGCAAGUCCGUGUGUCCUAUUCUUUGACGAACUGGAUUCGAUUGGAACGCAAAGAGGAAACAACUUGGGCGACGCCGGUGGCGCUGGCGACCGCGUGAUGAAUCAGCUGCUGACGGAAAUUGACGGUGUCGGCCCUAUGAAGAAUCUGUUUUUCGUUGGCGCUACCAAUAGGCCGGAGCUACUCGACGAGGCUUUGCUCAGGCCGGGGAGGCUCGAUCAGCUGAUUUACAUCCCGCUGCCCGAUCUUCCGGCCAGAGUCAGCAUUUUGCAGGCAACCCUCAGGAAAGCCCCCGUAGCGGCGAACGUCCCGAUUCCUUUCCUUGCGCACAAGACCGCCGGCUUUUCUGGAGCUGAUAUCGCGGAGAUGUGCCAGAGAGCUGCCAAGGCUGCCAUUCGUGACGCCAUCGCCGCCGAGGAACUGGCGCGCGCCGCGGGCAGUGAAGGGAUGGAGGAGGACGAGGCAAACAUCAAGUAUGAAAUUACCAGAAAGCACUUCGAGGAGGGACUUGCCGGAGCUCGCCGCAGUGUCUCGCAGACGGAUCUCUCCAAAUAUGAUUCUUUCAGAAUGAAAUUCGACCCGAUAUACAAGAGUCAGGCAGCGGGAGGCGAUGGUUCCAUCAUCGUCGACUGGCCCAACACCGACGGGGCCGCUGCAGAUCUCACCCGCGUUGACGAAGGCGAGGAUGACGACCUCUACUCUUGA